CCUGCCUAUCUCCUCUCUCUCCUUCCCUUAACUUCACAUGAGCAUUUGUUUGUUCAUGUACUAACUGUGUCAAUCCAUACGGAAGGCAAAUUCUUCUCUUGAUACAUAGACAAUUUGUUCGUGUCGCACCACAGAGUAGCUAGUUAUUUCACUUUGAGUAAAUAUGGAGACCAAGAGACUGCUAGCAUUGCUGGUGCAAUUGUUGAUAGGGCUGGACAUGCUCUCUUUGUCGGUUGUUGUUUGUAUUGAUCGGAGCUACUUUCCUUCUUCAUUUCUCUUCGGCACAUCGACUUCGUCGUUUCAGAUUGAGGGAGCCUACUCGGAAGAUAAUAAGAGCUUAAGCAAUUGGGAUAUACUCACACAUAUUCCCGGGCGAAUUAGGGACGGUAGCAAUGCAGAAAUAGCAGAUGAUCAUUACCAUCGUUACACGGAAGAUAUAGAAUUAAUGGAAUCUCUUGGAGUCAAUGCAUAUAGAUUUUCUAUAUCAUGGUCGAGAAUUUUACCUAGAGGGAGGCUUGGAGGAACUAAUUCACUAGGAAUUGCUUUCUACAACAGACUCAUUAAUGCCUUGUUGCAUAAAGGAAUAAAGCCAUUUGCUAGCUUGAAUCAUUAUGACAUUCCACAAGAGCUCGAAGACAGAUACGGUGGAUGGCUAAACCCACAACUACAGGAGGAAUUUGGAGAGUUUGCAGACAUAUGUUUUAGGGAAUUCGGCGACCGGGUUAAGUAUUGGAUGACUUUCAACGAACCCAACAUCGUAGUCACUUACGGGUAUCGGAUCGGAUCAUUUCCUCCCAACCGUUGUUCGCGUGGAUUUGGAGAUUGUCGGUCGGGCGACUCUAGCACCGAGCCUUAUGUUGCGGCCCAUAACAUGAUCUUGGCCCAUGCAACGGUAGUAGAAUCGUACCGAAGCAAGUAUCAGAGAAAACAAGAAGGUGCUAUUGGAAUUGCGAUGUGGGCCACUUGGUUUGAGCCACUCAGGAAUAUAACGGAGGAUUACAAGGCCUCUCAGCGAGCAUUAGCAUUUAAUACUCCAUGGUUUCUUGAUCCCAUUAUACGUGGCGAUUAUCCUCCUGAAAUGAGGCAAAUUUUGGGGUCCAGAUUGCCAAAGUUCUCAGGGAGUGACAAGAGAAAAUUGCAAAGUAAAUUGGACUUCGUUGGAAUAAAUCAUUAUACGAGUCUCUAUGCGAAAGAUUGCCCGGAGUGUGGCUCCGUGGGGCCCCGAGGCGAUGCCCUCGUGCUCACCACCGGAGAAAGAAACGGAGUCCCAAUUGGGAAAAAGACAGCUAUGAAAGACUUCUUUGUAGUUCCACGUGGCAUGGAGAAAAUCGUGAUGUACAUGAAGCAAAGAUACGGAAAUAUACCCAUGUUUAUUACAGAAAAUGGAUAUCCACAAAGCAGCAAUCACAGUACUCCAUUAAAAACAUUGUUAAAUGAUAAGGAGAGAGUGGAAUACUUGCAAACCUACCUCACUUCAUUGCAUCGAGCAAUGAGGCAAGGUGCUGAUGUGAGAGGGUAUUUCAUAUGGUCUUUGAUCGAUAACUUUGAAUGGUUAUAUGGGUAUAGUUUGAGGUUUGGACUUUAUCGUGUGGAUUAUGAGACACAAGUCAGAACUCCGAAGUGCUCGGCCAGUUGGUAUCAAGAGUUUCUUGGCGAUUCAAAAUUGUUGAUUAAGGAGACAUAGAAGAUGGAAUCAUUGAAUGUGUAGUUUUAUUUGUAUGAUUAUUGAUCUUGUCCGUGAGUAUUGAUGGAUGAAUCAUCGGUAAAUUGGCUAUGUUGUCAAUUUAAUCGUCAAUCGUCGAAUGACAAUGAGAAUGAUGGCUUGGUUUAGAGCCUGGAUGGAGACAAACAAGAAGAAGAUCAUGAUUUGAAUGAUAGUCAAGAGUUCCCCGGCCCAACCACUCCGACACUCAAAUUAGAGGAUGAAGAAAAUGAAUAAUAUGAUUACGAUAUAUGUACUGAUGCGAAUGUGUCUGUGUUUCUUAGAGAUUAAAAAUGACCAUAUUUUAUAAAGAGAAAACAAACACUUUCCUUCCAUUCUGAUCUUUAUGCUGUCAAUAUUUAAUUUUUUAAAUAAUGUAAGAUUUAUUUAUCACU